AUGGGAGGAGAGCUGGAUGUCUUUGGAAUUCAUUCUGGAGGUAUAAUUGAUGAACUUGAGGAACUACAGGGUGCAAGAGACUUUCUGAGAGCUGAAUGGCAAUGUGGAGAUGGAUGCGGGCAAUCCCCGGCCGAUUCCGGCGAGUACGUUUGCCGCGUAGCGGGCGGUGCCGGCCCUGAGCAGGAGGCCUCCUUCUCAGUCACUGUCCUACCCAGAGCAGCGGGCUCCUCCUACCGCCUUAAUAGCCCUGUCAUCUCCAUCGACCCGCCCAGCAGCACCGUGCAGCAGGGCCAGGAUGCCAGCUUCAAGUGCCUCAUUCACGACGGGGCAGCUCCCAUCAACAUUGAGUGGAAGUUUCGUAACCAAGAGCUGGAGGACAACAUCCAGAUCAGCCCCAACGGCUCCAUCAUCACCAUCGUGGGCACCCGGCCCAGCAACCACGGUGCCUACCGCUGCGUGGCCUCCAAUGCCUACGGCGUGGCCCAGAGCGUCGUGAACCUCAGUGUCCAUGGGCCGCCUACGGUGUCUGUGCUCCCCGAGGGCCCUGUGCGGGUGAAAGUGGGGAAGGCCAUCACCCUGGAAUGUGUCAGUGCUGGGGAGCCCCGCUCUUCUGCUCGCUGGACUCGGAUCGGCACCCCCACCAACUUGGAGCAGCAGAUGUUCGGGUUCGUGGACAGCCACACGAUGCUGCAGAUUUCAUCAGCUAAACCAUCAGAUGCGGGUACCUAUGUGUGCCUUGCUCAGAAUGCACUGGGCACGACACAGAAGCGGGUGGAGGUGAUUGUGGACACGGGCAAUGUGACCCCGGGGGCCCCACAGGUCCAGGUUGAAGAAGUUGAGUUGACUGUGGAAGCCGGACACACGGCCACCCUGCGCUGCUCAGCCACAGGCAGCCCGAAGCCCACCAUCCACUGGUCCAAGCUGCGCUCCCCACUGCCCUGGCAGCACAAGCUGGAAGGUGACACACUGAUCAUCCCCCGGGUAGCCCAGCAGGACUCCGGCCAGUACAUCUGCAACGCCACCAGCCCUGCCGGACAUGCGGAGGCCACCAUCCUCCUGCAUGUGGAGAGCCCACCGUACGCCACCACGGACCCGGAGCACACUUCGGUGAGGGCAGGGGAGGCGGUGCAGCUCCAGUGCCUGGCUCAUGGGACGCCCCCACUCACCUUCCAGUGGAGCCGCGUGGGUGGUAGCCUCCCCGGGAGGGCGACGGCCAGGAACGAGAUGCUACACUUUGAGUCGGUGGCUCCCGAGGACUCAGGCCGCUACCGCUGUCAGGUCACCAACAGGGUGGGCUCGGCGGAGGCCUUCACCCUGGUACACGUUCAAGGCCCCUCCGGCUCGCUCCCUGCCACCCCCAUCCCAGCAGGAUCCACACACACCGUUCAGGUCACGCCUCAGCUGGAGACCAAGAGCAUAGGGGCCAGUGUGGAGUUCCAUUGUGCCGUGCCUAACGACCGAGACACCCAGCUCCGCUGGGUCAAGGAAGGGGGCCAGCUGCCUCCUGGCCACAGUGUGCAGGACGGGGUGCUCCGAAUCCAGAACUUGGACCAGAGCUGCCAAGGGACAUAUAUUUGCCAGGCUUAUGGACCAUGGGGACAGGCCCAGGCCAGUGCCCAGCUAGUUGUCCAAGCCCUGCCCUCAGUGCUCAUCAACAUCCGGACCUCCGUGCAGACCGUGGUGGUCGGCCAUGCUGUGGAGUUCGAGUGCCUGGCCAUGGGUGACCCCAAGCCUCAAGUGACGUGGAGCAAAGUUGGAGGACGCCUGCGGCCUGGCGUCAUGCAGAGCGGAGGCAUCGUCAGGAUUGCCCGCGUAGAGUUGGCCGACGCUGGACAGUACCGCUGCACCGCUACCAACGCCGCCGGCACCACCCAGUCCCACGUGCUGCUGCUCGUGCAAGCCUUGCCCCAGAUCUCAACACCCCCAGAGGUCCGUGUGCCUGCUGGUUCUGCAGCCGCCUUCCCCUGCAUGGCCUCUGGCUACCCUACUCCUGACAUCAGCUGGAGCAAGCUGGAUGGGAACCUGCCACCCGGCAGCCGCGUGGAGAACAACAUGCUGCUGCUGCCCUCAGUUCAACCCCAGGAUGCAGGCACCUACGUCUGCACUGCCACUAACCGCCAGGGCAAGGUCAAAGCCUUCGCCGACCUGCAGGUACCAGAGCGGGUGGUGCCCUACUUCACGCAGACCCCCCACUCCUUCCUGCCACUGCCCACCAUCAAGGAUGCCUACAGAAAGUUUGAGAUCAAGAUCACCUUCCGGCCUGACUCAGCUGAUGGAAUGCUGCUGUACAAUGGGCAGAAGCGGAUCCCAGGCAGCCCCUCCAACUUGGCCAACAGGCUGCCCGACUUCAUCUCCUUCGGCCUUGUGGGUGGGAGGCCUGAGUUCCGGUUUGACGCCGGCUCAGGCAUGGCCACCAUCCGCCACCCCACACCGCUGGUGCUGGGCCGGUUCCAUACCGUGACCCUGCUGCGUAGCCUCACCCAGGGCUCCCUGAUUGUAGGCAGCCUGGCCCCAGUCAACGGGACCUCCCAGGGCAAGUUCCAGGGCCUGGAUCUGAAUGAGGAGCUCUACCUGGGCGGCUACCCUGACUAUGGCGCCAUGCCCAAAGCAGGGCUGAGCAGAGGCUUCAUAGGCUGUGUCCGGGAGCUACAAAUCCAGGGCGAGGAGAUUGUCUUCCAUGACCUCAACCUCACAGCGCAUGGCAUCUCCCACUGCCCUACCUGUCGGGACCAGCCUUGCCAGAAUGGGGGCUGGUGCCAGGACUCAGAGAGCAGCAGCUACCUGUGCAUCUGCCCAGCUGGCUUCACCGGGAGUCGCUGUGAGCACUCCCAGGCCCUGCACUGCCACCCAGAGGCCUGUGGGCCCGACGCUACCUGUGUAAACAGGCCCGAUGGCCGAGGCUACAACUGCCGCUGUCACCUGGGCCGCUCCGGGCCCAGGUGUGAGGAAGGUGUGACCGUGACCACGCCCUCCAUGUCGGGCACUGGCUCCUAUCUGGUGCUGCCCGCCCUCACCAACAUGCACCACGAGCUUCGCCUGGACAUUGAGUUCAAGCCGCUGGCACCCAACGGAAUCCUGCUGUUCAGCGGGGGCAAGCGCGAGCCUGUGGAGGACUUCGUGUCCCUGGCGAUGGUUGGUGGCCACCUGGAGUUCCGCUACGAGUUGGGGUCAGGGCUGGCUGUUCUGAGGAGCCCAGAGCCACUGGCCCUGGGCCGCUGGCACCGUGUGUCUGCCGAGCACCUCAACAAGGACGGCAGCCUGCGGGUGGACGGCGGACGCCCCGUGCUGCGCUCCUCCCCGGGCAAGAGCCAAGGCCUCAACCUGCACACCCUCCUCUACCUCGGUGGCGUGGAGCCCUCGGUGCAGCUGUCCCUGGCCACCAACAUUAGCACUCCCUUCCGUGGCUGCCUGGGUGAGGUGUCAGUGAAUGGAAAGCGGCUAGACCUCACCUACAGCUUCCUGGGCAGCCGGGGCAUCGGGCAGUGCUAUGACAGCUCCCCGUGUGAGCGCCAGCCUUGCCAGAACGGCGCCACGUGCUUUCCUGCUGGCGAGUUUGAGUUUCAGUGUCUGUGUCGAGAUGGCUUCAAAGGAGACCUCUGCGAGCAUGAGGAGAACCCCUGCCAGCUCCGUGAGCCCUGUCUGCAUGGGGGCACCUGCCAGGGCACCCACUGCCUCUGUCCCCCCGGCUUCUCUGGCCCCCGCUGCCAACAAGGCUCUAGACAUGGCACCGCGGAAUCCGACUGGCAUCUUGAAGGCAGUGGGGGCAACGAUGCCCCAGGACAAUACGGAGCCUAUUUUGACGAUGGUGGCUUCCUAUCCCUCCCCAGCUACGUCUUCCCCAGGAGCCUGCCCAGGGUGCCUGAGACCAUCCAGCUGGAAGUUCGGACCAGCACAGCCAGCGGCCUCCUGCUCUGGCAGGGCAUGGAGAUGGGAGAGGCCAGCCAAGGGAAGGACUUCAUCAGUCUCGGGCUUCAGGAUGGGCACCUUGUCUUCAGCUACCAGCUGGGCAGCGGGGAGGCCCGCCUUGUCUCUGAGGACCCCAUCAAUGACGGCGAGUGGCAUCGGGUGACGGCGCUGCGAGAGGGCCGGAGGGGCUCCAUCCAGGUGGACGGUGAGGAGCUGGUCAGCGGCCAGUCCCCAGGCCCGAAUGUGGCCGUCAACACCAAGGGCAGCAUCUAUGUCGGCGGAGCCCCCAGCGUGGCCACACUGACCGGGGGCAGGUUCUCCUCAGGCAUCACGGGCUGUCUCAGGAACCUGGUGCUGCACUCGGCCGGGCCGGGCGCCCCCCCACAGCCCCUGGACCUGCAGCACAACGCCCAGGGGGGGGCCAACACGCGGCCCUGCCCCUCAUAGGCAGCUGCCUGCCCACAAGGACUCCUGGGCAGUGCCCCAGCCCCACAUCGUCGAGUCUAUUAUUAUUAAUAUUAUUAUUAUGAAUAUUUUGUAAGAAAUGGAGGCGAUGCCACGCUUUGCUGCUACCGCCCUGGGCUGGACUGGAGGGUGGGCGUGCCACCCCCCACCCAAACACACCUGGGCAAAGCCUCAGGCUGGGGAACAGGGCAGGCUGGCUGGGAGCAGGUGCCUCAGAGGGGCAGGCAUGGUGGCUGAGUGGCCUCAGAAGUGCCCCCACGGCAGAGCCAGGCCGCCCGUGUCUGCAGCCCUUGUCCCUACAAGAGCCAACCAUGGCGUACAGCCCGGGUCCUCCCCAGCCACUAGGAGCAGAGGGCGUCGCAGUGGCCUUUGCCACCCUCCUCUGGGUAGCAAAAGCUCUUUAGUGCCAACUGUGGAGCAAAAGGCAGCUCACCCCUGGACAGGCAGCCCCUACCCCGUUAGCCCAUGUCCCCGCCCCCCUCCACCUUCACCUCUGCCUGACCAGCUGGUCUGCAUUCCCCACCCAACACCUAGCCCAGGGCCCCCGCCCUCAGGGGCUACAGGGAAACUCCACCCCAGCUCCUACCAGGAGCUGCUGCAGCCCGAGCCCAGCACUGAGAGGGCCACAUCCCCCCACUGAUCUGGAAGUGAAGGCCCAAGGGAUAUGGGGGGAGGAGGGUGUUGGUUGGAAAGAGCGAGUGCCUUGGGUGGGGGAAGCCAGGACUCAUGACGGAGCGACAGGAAGGGGCCAUGGCACCCCUGCCCCAUCUGUGGGAACCUGAGGGCCCAGCUGGGGACAAGCGCCCGCCCCACCAGUAGCUCCCCAGAUGUUGGGUCAGGACGCCUGGCCUCUGUCCAGAAGGGCCCUCCUGUGGUCUUUGUCUUGAUCUUUCUUAAUAAACGGUGCUAUCCCCGUCAAAAAAAAAAAAACAA